CCCUUUAGCGCGUGCAUUCCCCGUUUUAGAACUUAGCGAAGGGUCUAAACAGUUUUGCUGUUCAAAAAAAUAAGAUCACGGAUAUUUCUCGUAACUGAAUUUUGACAGCGGCUAGAUUUGUAACUGAUGUUACUGUUUCUUUCAGAGAGCCUUUUGAAAGAUGCUCCGCACCUUAAAGUUUUUGUGGAUUUGGAUAAUUAUUCCCCAAACCGCCGCACUGGAAUUUAAAUACCACAAUACAAAGGAAUUGGAGUCGUUUUUACAAGAUAUCAACACGAACUACUCAUCAAUUACCCACCUCUACAGUGUCGGGACAUCUGUAACUGGUCUUAAUCUCUGGGUUCUGGCCAUUGGAAAAUAUCCAAAAGACCAUACUGUAGGCAUUCCAGAUGUGAAGUACAUUGGGAAUAUCCAUGGUGAUGAGGUUGUGGGCAGAGAAAUCCUGCUCCACUUGAUUGAAUACCUGGUUGAAAUGUAUGAUAAAGAUACCAUGAUAACCAAUCUAAUAAACAAUGUUCGGAUUCACAUCAUGCCAUCCAUGAACCCAGAUGGAUUUGAAAUCACUCAACGUGAAAAACCAGAUUGCUCUUCAUCUGAAGGCAGAUACAAUAAAAGGCAAAUUGAUUUGAAUAGAAACUUCCCCGAUGCCUUUGAAAAUAACACUUUAUUAUUAGAAUUGGAAACCAGUGCAAUAAUGGAUUGGAUUGAAAAAAACGUGGCACGAUUUGAACCAGAAACCAGAGCAAUAAUGAGGUGGAUAAUGAAUGAAACCUUUGUUCUAUCUACAAGUUUGCAUGGAGGGGCUCUUGUAGCCAGUUAUCCAUAUGACGACAUACAACCAGCCAUAGAUUACUCUGGCUACAGCAGGUGUCCUGAUGAUGAUGUCUUUGUGUAUCUUGCGAAGAAUUAUUCUUACAGCCACGCCACCAUGUACAACGGGGAUGAAUGUGUAACCACCCCAAAUUUCAAGGAUGGAAUUACCAAUGGAGCUGAUUGGUAUUAUUUUUCAGGUGGAAUGCAAGACUUCAACUAUAUUUGGGGACAAUGCUUUGAGCUAACUAUAGAGAUGUCAUGUUGUAAAAAUCCACCAGCAUCCUAUUUGGAGGAAUACUGGAAUGACAAUAAAGAAUCCCUGAUUAAUCUCCUCAAACUUGUUCAUCUUGGUAUAAAAGGACAAGUCCUGAACGUAAAUGGUACUCCCAUAAAAAAUGCAAAAGUAGAGAUUCAAGGCAGAAAAAACAAAUACCCUUUUCGAACUAAUGAAUGGGGUGAAUAUUACAGACUCCUGUUACCUGGAUUAUAUACUGUGAAUGUUACUGUGCCAGGAGGUGGAUCAAAUAUAACUGAGUUGCAGGUUUUGAAUAACCUGCAAAAUUUCUCUGCAAUGGUCUUUGACUUUCACUUCAACAUUACAGCCAAUGGCUCGUCAUCUUCGAAUGUUGCUCUACAACAAGACUUUGGCACUGCAAGCGGAUUACAGCAAAACGUAAUUUUGUUGCUCUUAAUUGUGAUGUUCUCCGUUUUAAUUUGUUAAAUAAUGGAGAGAGAUGUUUUGAUGCUAUAAGUAUAACCUACAGCCAAAUCCUGUUGCAAACAAAUCUGGUGAGACUUAGCGUGACAAUCAAACCAAAUCAGAACUGAUGACUUUUGAAUGUUUAUUUUGAAAUAGUGGUAAAAUCAACUUUAAUCUAAAAGAUUGAAGUUCUGGAAUUGUAAGUAUUGUCACAGAUUUAUCAUGUUAAUGACCUUUCGAUUGCAUUGUGAAAUCCUGAUACUGGGGGAGUUCUCAGCACCUUAACCCAAGUUACCAGUAUUAUAAAAGAUAAAGACAAUCAACACUCGUAGCAGUUCUUACAUGUAUCUGAUUUGAUAUGUUUCACAACGUGGAACAUAAAAAACAAAAGCAGAUGUUGGUCUUUCAACCAUAUGUUAUUCUAACAUAUAUUUGUAAACUUUACCACUUAAUGUUUGAAGUCAUGGCUGAGGUGCUUUGUUGAAUUUGGGCAUGUUUUAUAUUUAACACUGGACUAUUAUGUUAAGAGUUUAUUUUACCAUGAAGCAUUUUACCAACUGUAUUAAAAUAUUGAAGAGUUUACAUUGGUUUACACAGGAUUUACUUUGAAUCUAUAGCACAGAAACAGGCCAUUUGGCACAACUACAAGAUAUAGAAGCAGAAGUUGGCCAUUCAGUACAUUAAGU